UCAAAUGUAGUAACGAAUAAAAAGUUUAAUUCAAUCUUUCUCCGGAGUUGAAUAAGCUACAUACAGUAUUAAAGAGAUCAUAAUGUAAUAUUUCAUGAAAUUCUUCCUCUAUAUGAUAUGUACCGUAAUAGAUCGUUAAUUUAAACAGUGUCUGUUCCGUUUAUUAUUCAAAAAAAAUUAACGAUUUUAACUUAACAAUAAAGUUUCAAUUUAACAAUAUGAUAAUUGAAUAUCGAGCAUGCUAGAAGCCAAAAAACUUGAAGAAAAUGGACCUCUCAAAAACAAUUAGUUCUCGGGCAGUAUUCAUAUCAUAUAAAACUUCAAGUAGUGACACUUUACUGGCUUAUAUUACUCUGCGAAUAGAAUAUAUCAGCAAGCGAACAAAAUAGCCAGCGCAACCUAUCGAUAGCUGCUGAAUCCGAACACUGUUCAUAUUGUAACUUAUUCAAUAAUCUUGGGAAACCUAUCAUAAUAAUCUUCUAGUUGAAUAAAUCUUGCAAACACGUCCAAUUACCAAAGACAUUAGCUCAAUAUACUUAACUUCUGAUUUACCUUCCGUCCAGAGAAUAGAACUACUUAUAUUAUUUAGAUACAGUUAGAUUGAACCUUUCUAUUGGUUGAAAGAAUACUUGAACGUUCGUGUAACUACGUUUCAGGUUUUAUGAACCUUUUACUUUUAACUAAAUUGUUUUAUUGAAAUUCCUGUAUCACAUUACUAACAGACUUAAUUUUUAUUCGAUUUAAUUCGAUUGCAGUUGAUGCAAUCUUUACUCAACUCAGAGACUUGGUUCGUUUCAACCGAUCUUUGUAAUUUACUUGAAAUUUAUCUUAUAUGAGAUACUCAAAUCUGAAUUUCAAAUUAUAUCAGAGUUUUCCACUUAAAUCAUAUCCCUGAUAUUAUAUUUCUAAUCGCGAUUCAAUUAAAAAUCUAGCUCUAAGUCCUGUAUUAAAAGUUGUGUCACUUGAAAUCUGUUUUAUGUGAAAUACUUAGAUUUUUAGUCAGAUCCAAGUUUUUAGUUAAAUUAAAAAAUAUAUAUAUGAGAUUUAUAUCUGUAAUCGCAGUUUAACUGAAAAACUUUCAUCUAACUUUGAAUUCAAAUCUGAAUAUUUAAUUUGAAAUAAGUUUAAAAUAAUAACUAUUAAUACGGGCCUAAAUCUCAUAUUAAUAAUCGUUAUUUGAAACUUGUCUCAAUAUAUUCAGAUCUAGAUCUAGAAAUUUAGAGUUAUAUUUAAACUUUUUAAUUGAAUCAUUUAUCAUUAUAUAAAUAUGAUGUCACGUAUGAUAUACGUCAUCGAAAUAUGAUGUCAAAUACGAUACGCGAUGAUAUAUAUCGUAUUUAUAUGAUGCUGAUUCAAAGUUAAAACAUUCGCUCUAAAUCUAAUUCUAAAUUUAAGUAUCUAAUGCCCGUUUUUACUCAUUUUAGUUAAUUUAAUAGGCAGGUUAUUCUAACGGAAUUAACCAGUCACAUCUGUUAAUUCUGACAAAGAGAAAUGCAAUCGGUCAAUUCCAUUGGAAUAGCCAGCUGAUUAAGUUUAAUCAAAGUUGGUAGAAACGGGUAUUAGAUUUGUAUUAAUAGUCGUUACUUAAAGUUUGUCUCAUGAGACAAACUACUUAGAUUUUCACUCAGAAUUAGAUCCAAGUUUUUCAGUUGAAUUAUAUGAUACAUAUGACGUUAUAUCUGCAAUCGCGAUUCAACUGAAAAAUUCAACUCUUAUUUCACUCUGAAUUCAGAUUCGAGUAUCUCAUUUGAAAGAAGUUUCAAAUAACGACUAUCAAUACGGGUCUAAGUAACUCACCUGAGAUAAGUUUCAAAUAAUGACUAUUAAUACAAGUCUAAAUUCUCAUUUAAAUAUCUCACUUGAAACUUGCUUCAAACGAGACACUUAAAUUUGCACUUAGAGCUAGAUGUGAAUUUUUUAAUCAUGAUAACAAAUGUAAUAUCAACAUAUAUUAUAUCAGAACUCGGCACGCAUUGCACAUUCCGACCGAUUGUGAACUUACUUCGCCUAACACUAUUCCCUUUAUCUCACCUGAGCCACUCAAGACUCAGGAGCAUGUGACUUAUAAUUGCGAGUAAUUAUUUUGUAAAUUAAUUAUCGUGUUUAAUUGGUAAUUAAUAUGAGCUAAUUCAAUUGAAGAUCAUUUAAUUGACAACUGAUAUAAGUUAAUAUGAGUUAAAGAUUGUUCUGUUAAAAAUUGAAUUUACAAAAGGAUGAUCAACCUUUAAUAUCCUGGAUUUAGCAGAUUUUUAAAUAUGUCAAUAUAGCAAUUCCAUCUCUCUAAUAAAGCCUAAUGUAACUCUCAAUGUCAAUGUAUAAUAGUUUACGAGAAAUAGUAGAUUAAAAUUUUUAAUAGUCACUUUAGUAGAAGUAAAACUUAAAUAACAUAUGUGAAUCAGCGAGUAAGAAGUGCGACUAAAACGCUGAACGUCAUGCGUUCUCUAUUCUUAUUUUUUCUUUAUUCUUUUUCUUUUCUUUUUUAGAUGUAUACAAUAAAUUAUUAAUAUAUUAAUUAGACAACUAUAUCCCAAAAUUAUUAAUUUAAUCAGAUUUGCUAUAAUCAGAUUUAACUAUAAUUCCAGAAUUAUUAAUUUAAUCAGAUUUGCCAAAUUCAAUUAUUCAUUGAAUUAUUUUUGAUUCCCUUCGCUCAUAUCAAUUGUUAAUUGAAUUUAACUGAAUUCGUUAAAAUCAAUCGUCAAACAUUCUUUGGUUGAUUUUACUUAAAUCAAUUACUAAUUAGUUAAAUUAAAACAUAUUUGUUUAAAUUAUUAUAUUAAGAAAAAUUUAAUUAAUAUUUUUACAACACUCUGUUGUAAACAUAACAUAUAUUUCUAAUAAUUUCUCACUAUUAGAAACAUACAUUUACAAGUCAUACGCUCCUGAGUCUCGAGCAGCUUAAAGGUUGCGCGCGGGGCGAUGAGGUAAAUAAAAUAAGCAGAACAAAUCGGUCGAAAUGUGUAACGAACUCGUACCAAGCUCUGUAUUAUACAAUUCAAAUAAAACUCAUCUCUAACUAUAACUUCAAAUCUGAGCAUCUUACAUGAAACAAGUUUCAAGUAACACUUAAUACAGACUUUGGACAUUUGAUAUUUGUGAGCACAUUCAAAUACCAUAAUUGAGCGGCAUGCGAUUACAACAAAGAAUAUAUUGCAUUCAUUUUUAUUGAGUUUUUAUUGGGAUAUUAUUGGGUUCGUUUCGUCCACUCUUGAAGAAUUCGCGUUCACUCGUUAUCGCGUACCACCUUGAUAUUUGCAUGUGUACGCGAUGAUAAUUUAUCUUUUCCAUAGACAAAUAUUCGGUACACUUCGCAAAUUUAUUUGCGGUACCUUCCGCGCGAACGGUUACGUAAGUGUUAACAAAGAAAUGCUAAAGGAAAAUAAAGAAAGUAACAAUCCGUCCAUGUAAAAGAUAUCUAGCAGACGAUAAUGAAAAUACGAUAAAUACAGUGACUUGUGCAUUUAUCAGUUAUUCCUCUUUAUCAUACGAGUGCAAAAAUAAAGAAGGGGAAAAACGCUCGAGACUAGACAGCGAUACAAGUUAACUUUCAUUGUUAAGGUCACGCUGCAAAUAUCAUCGUAACAUCACGUAAAAUGGGUGCUACCACUUCGGCGUUAGGCGACCACAGAGUCGUGAAAACAAGUUCUACGAAGAACUCAUUGGAAACACAUUUCAUUAACAACCGAAUUGUAUCGAAUAAGUAUACAAUAUGGAACUUCCUCCCGAAGAAUCUCUUCGAGCAAUUCCGGCGGGUAGCAAAUUUUUAUUUCCUGCUGACGACGAUAAUCGCGCUCUCUAUAGAAUCGCCCAUUUCGCCGAUGACCAGCGCCUUGCCUUUAGCGUUCGUCAUCAUUGUAACCGCGUGCAAGCAGGGAUACGAGGAUUAUCUGCGCUACAAAAUGGACCAGAAAGAUAAUCGGAGAUCGGUCACCGUUAUCCGUAAUAAAUGUAUGCAGAAUAUACAUUGCGAACAAAUAGUAGUGGGAGACCUCGUGAAAGUCUCUCGAGACGAGGAGGUGCCGUGUGAUAUGGUUCUUCUUUAUAGCGAAACGCCGGGAUGUUGUUAUGUCACGACAUCUAAUCUCGAUGGGGAAACAAAUUUGAAGACGUUACAAAUCCCGAAAGUAAUUUCGAAGAUGUCACUUGAGCAUAUAGUGGGUUCAGAAGCAACGAUCACGUGCCAGCAUCCUCUGGCUGAUCUUUACACCUUCUUUGGUAAACUCGAAAUUAAUGAUGGUAACGAAGUGGCUAACGGACAUUUGACAGUAGAAAAUUUAAUGCUUCGUGGAUCACGACUGAAAGACACGGACUACGUAGUCGGCUGCACCGUUUACACCGGACAGGACACAAAACUGUCGCUCAACUCGAAAAACGUCAGCAAUAAAUUCUCAACUGUCGAGAGAGCUAUCAAUAAAUAUCUUAUCGUGUUUAUCGUGUUACUGUCACUCGAAGUAGUAGCGUCGAUUUUGAUGAAACUGUACGUCGAAAGCUACGCGAAUUGGGAAAGUUAUUUAGGCUCGCACUACAAAACCACCUUUGCUACGCUGAUUACGGAUAUCCUGAGUUUUGCUAUCUUAUUCAAUUACAUCAUACCGAUAUCACUGUACGUCACUAUCGAAUUUCAGAAAUUUCUCGGAUCCUUCUUCUUUGGCUGGGAUUUGGACAUGUACGAUAAAGAUAAAGAUCAGCCAGCACUCGCUAAUACAUCAGACUUAAAUGAGGAGCUCGGUCAGGUUGAGUAUCUGUUUACCGAUAAGACUGGCACGCUCACUGAAAAUCUGAUGGUGUUCAGACGCUGCUCGAUCGACGGGAAUGUAUACAUGGAGAAAGAUUGCGACGGAAAUCUUUAUCUAUUACCGCAGAGCGGAAACGAAGAAGAAGCCGUGAAAAUAAAUUCGUGGCAGGCGGAAAUUUGGCACUUUAUGAUAAGUAUCUCGCUGUGCCACAUGGUACAUAUCGCGCCACCAAGUCAACGUCCAGUAGUUAUAGCCAGACGUACGUUGUUCCGCGAGAGCUUCAGAUUGAAGAAAAUUACCAGAGUCAACAGCUCGCUGAUGAUGCAUCCGGAUUUACCCGAGUAUCAGGCAGCAUCGGCAGACGAGAAGGCGUUGGUGGAGGCAAGCGCCAGAUGUGGCGUUGUUUUCCAAAAGGACACCAGCGAGGAGAUGGAGAUCAAGAUGAACGGGAAAAUCUUGAUCUUCGAGAAGCUGGAGAUACUAGAAUUCAGUUCUGAACGAAAGAGAAUGUCGGUAAUAGUGAAGGACGAAGCAAACGAUUACUGGCUAUAUUGCAAGGGUGCGGACUCGGCCGUUUUUCCGUUGAUCGUUAGUGGGAAAGUUGAAGAAGCGACCGCUCAUGUUGCCGAUUUCUCUAUGAGAGGCUUACGCACGCUAGUAGUAGCGUACAAAAAGAUGAAUCAGUCCGAGUACGAGCAACUGUUACGAGGCGUCGAACAGGCCCGGCAGAUGAUCGGCAGCGAGAGAACGACACAAGUGACACGUGCAUAUAAUCGUAUGGAGAGCGGACUCACCCUGCUCGGAGUAACCGCGGUGGAGGAUCGCCUACAGGACGACGUGCAAGAAACCUUGGAGUGCUUGCGAGUCGCUGGAAUUAAAGUAUGGGUGCUUACCGGAGAUAAAGCAGAAACCGCAGAGAACAUCGCUUUCCUCUGCGGUCAUUUCAAAAAGGGUACAGAGAUUUUACGUCUGAUGGGAGAGACUUCAGGACAAACGUGCUUCUUGAUCCUGACAAUUUUUGAACGGAAAGUGAAACUGGAACCAUAUAAGCAAUAUGGAUUGAUAAUAGACGGUACGAGUAUAACAACGACAUUGCAAAAUUGCCCGGAAUUAUUGAAAACUGUCGGAAUGGCUUGCGAAGCGGUCGUUUGUUGCAGGCUAACGCCCUUACAAAAGAGCAAGAUUGUGCACCUGAUAAAAAAUGCACGAAGCCGUCCGCAUACCGCGGCUAUCGGCGACGGCGGUAACGACGUGUCAAUGAUACAAGAGGCGCACGUGGGAUUCGGGAUAUUGGGAAAAGAAGGUCGUCAGGCUUCCAUGUCGGCUGACUUCGCCUUCUCGAAAUUUAUGUAUCUGAAAAAGGCGUUGCUGGUGCACGGUCACUGGUACUACCAGCGCAUCAGCAUCUUUUCGCAAUAUUUCUUUUAUAAAAACUUGAUCUUCAUGACGCCGCAAGUAUUAUAUGGCCUGCAUAAUGGAUUCUCUACGCAAGAACUUUAUGACAGUAUGUUCUUGAUGUUGUUCAACAUGAUAUUCACGACGCUUCCAAUACUACUGUAUGGAUUAUUCGAGCAAAACUACAGUGCGGAAAAACUCAUACAACAUCCGUACCUGUACAAACUAAAUCGAAAUAAUUAUUUAAUGUCGAGACAACAGUUCAUGAUAUGGAUGCUACUAAGCAUAUGGCAUACGUGUGUGAUAUAUUUUGUAGUAUACUCUCUCACGCUCACCAAUUCCGCAUAUUUAUAUGACAACACAACGGUUGGACAAUGGACUUUUAGCACUAAUAUUUUUCAUCUAGUCGUUCUAAUAGCGAAUGUUCAGAUAUUGCUACGUAGUUCCUACUGGACGUCGUGGUUUGUUCUAAGCGUAGUGCUGUCCCAAUUAACAUUCUUCUUAUUCACGUUUAGUUACUCGUUGGUAAAAAAGUAAGUGAGCAUUUUACAAUGUCGAGAAUUAUCUAUGAUAAAUUAUAAUUAUCCUGAUGGAAAAAAUUUGCUGAAAAUACAAAAAAAUCGUCUAAAAGAGAAAUUAAAGUUAUUAAAAAGUCACUGAAAACAUUUUAUGA